UGAAUCUUGGACACCAGAGCAAAUCAACAAAAAGGGAAAUUUGUCUAGAGCACAUUCUCUCUUUUGUUUAGCAUGGUUUCACGCUGUAUGCCAAGAAAGAAGAAAUUAUAUCCCUCAGGGUUGGACCAAGUUUUAUGAAUUUUCUUUGUCUGAUCUCCGUGCUGGUUUUGACAUUAUUGAUAGACUCUUUGAGGGUUCUAAAGAUUUUCAGUGGGAAUUUGUUCAUGGCUUGUUUGAAAAUGCAAUUUAUGGAGGUCGUGUAGAUAAUUACUUUGAUAUGAGGGUUCUUCGGUCCUACUUGGAGCAGCUUUUCAAUUCACGAAUCAUUGGCAGUUUAAAUGCCAGAGGCAAGAAGAUGAGUUCUUUCCCAUGUUCGAUCUCUUUACCAAAUUCCUGCAGUAUUUUGGAUUAUCGUAAUAUUAUUGAAAGCCUUCCAGAAGAUGAUAAACCUGACUUUUUUGGUCUGCCAGCUAAUAUUGCUCGUUCAUCACAGCGUAUUAUCAGUUCCCAGGUCAUUUCACAGCUUCGGAUCCUGAGUAGGUCAGCAACUGCUGGCUGUAAAUUUGACAGAGAAAUAUGGUCUACAGAACUUUCUCCUGUUCUCAACCUAUGGAAGAAACUUAAUCAGAAUUCUAACCUGAUCCAUCAGAAGGUGUCUCCUCCUGCAGAACAACAAGGAUCUCCAAUCUUAUCAUUCAUUACUCUGGAACAAUUCAAUGCCAUUCGCCUUGUGCAGAGUGUCCAUCAGUCACUUGCUUCUUUAAGUAAAGUCAUCAGGGGUACCUCACUACUGAGUUCUGAAGUACAAAGACUUGCAAGUGCUCUGUUAAACCAAAAGUGUCCUGUCACAUGGCAGAGCAAGUGGGAAGGUCCAGAAGAUCCUUUGCAAUAUCUCAGAAGUCUUGUAGCUCGAGCACUUGCUAUACAGAAUUGGGUAGAAAAAGCAGAGAAACAGAAACUGUUGUCAGACACACUUGACCUUUCUGAGCUGUUUCAUCCAGACACAUUUCUCAAUGCCUUACGCCAGGAGACUGCAAGACUAAUGAGGUGUUCAGUGGACAGUCUUAAAUUUACAGCUUCGUGGAAAGGGCGAAUACAGGAAGGCAAACUCCAAGUUAAGUAUACCUUCAUCCUGAAAUAUCAAUAAAUUAAUGAUGGAGGCCUGUAUAGGUAAUGAAGUGAAAAUACGACUUCCUGAAGUCUGCUGCAGUUUGCAUCGUGUCAUGGAAAAUUAUGGCAUUAAUUAGUAAGGGAAAAUCUG